ACUAAACUGACGAACGCCUCGCCUCAACCUCCCCAAAACCUAAACCCCGCCAUCGAAGCUGUAAGCAGCCUCGCCAAACAGUUGGCGAAUACGGUUUAACGUCAUUCCAACUCUUUGGUCUUCAUUCUUUUUUUAGACGUUGCCGAAAAAUAUCAUCGAAAACAUGGCUGCUCCUCCUCCCAUCGUUCUCGAUGGAGGUACCGGUUUCCUCAAGGUCGGAUACGCCGCGCAAAACUUCCCCGAAUUUCAAUAUCCUUCUAUCAUCGGCCGACCCAUCUUACGGACGGAGGAGAAAGGCAGUGACAAUGACAUCGUGCUCAAAGAUAUUAUGUGCGGUGACGAGGCCGCGGCUGCACGGACCAUGCUCCAAGUCUCCUAUCCUAUGGAGAACGGUAUCGUGAAGAAAUGGGACGACAUGCAGCACCUCUGGGAUUACACAUUCUACGAGAAGAUGAAGAUCGACCCCCGAGGACGUAAGAUCCUGCUCACCGAACCCCCCAUGAACCCCCUAAAGAACCGGGAACAGAUGUGCGAGGUCAUGUUUGAGCGAUACGGUUUCGGAGGCGUCUACGUAGCUAUUCAAGCUGUGUUGGCCUUGUAUGCUCAAGGUCUGAGCUCCGGUGUCGUCGUCGAUUCCGGUGACGGAGUUACGCAUAUUGUUCCCGUUUACGAGUCGGUCGUUCUAAACCACCUGACUCGGAGGCUUGACGUAGCCGGGCGAGACGUGACGCGUAACCUCAUCGCCCUACUUCUACGGCGAGGAUAUGCACUCAACCGAACAGCCGAUUUCGAGACCGUGCGUCAGAUUAAAGAGAAGCUGUGUUAUGUUUCGUACGAUCUAGAAUUGGACAAGCGUCUCAGCGAGGAUACGACGGUAUUGGUGGAGAGCUACACACUACCCGACGGACGAGUAAUCCGAGUGGGUAGUGAGCGGUUUGAGGCUCCCGAGUGUCUCUUCCAGCCUCACUUGGUAGAUUGCGAACAGCCGGGCAUCGCCGAGUUCCUUUUCAACACCAUCCAGGCCGCCGAUGUUGACGUGCGCGCGUCGCUCUUCAAAGCAAUCGUCUUGUCCGGUGGCAGCAGCAUGUAUCCUGGCCUCCCCUCGCGACUGGAGAAGGAGCUGAAACAAUUAUGGCUUACUCGUGUACUUGGAGGUAACCCUGAAAGGCUAAACAAGUUCAAGGUGAGGAUAGAGGACCCUCCUCGCCGCCGUCAUAUGGUUUUCUUGGGCGGAGCAGUGCUGGCGAACAUCAUGGCCGACAAAGAGAGUAUGUGGAUCACGCAACAGGAAUGGGCUGAGCAAGGGCCGAGGAUUCUAGAGAAGCUAGGGCCGCGAUAAAAGCCUAGCAAGCCCAUUUUAACGAACAGCUAAGGGGGAGUUCAGAGGGCAACGCCAGUGGAGUUUAUAAAGUUGUAGCAAAAUGACUUAAAGAUGGCUUUUAAGUGAACCUUAUCAGCGUAAAGCGACAUUGAUUUUAGUUACCUAUUUCAUGCAAUGCGAUUCAAAUUACACGUAA